AUGGAGAUGAGGCGAAUGAAUGGGUGUGGCGGCUGCAGUUUGCUUCGUAUGGCCAUUCGUUCUUCAGCAAUCCUAACGAUUCCACUCCAAACUGUACCAUUGUCUCGUUGCCUUCAGAGAUUUUCUGGCCAAUCUCUAUCCUUUUCUUUGAUAGAAAAACGCCGCCUUUUGUCAACAGCCCUUCGAUCCUCUUCUGUUCCUUUAAGCUCUGCUUCCGCACUUCACCAACAUGAUUCCUUUCCUGAUUCAGGGGAUGAUACGAAUGUCGAAAUUUCGAAGACGGGCUCAAAGGUGAUAUUAAAAGGAUUGACGUUUCCUGAACUUGAGAAAUGGGCUCAAUCUCAAGGGUUUAGGUCUGGUCAGGCUUUGAUGCUGUGGAAGCGAAUUUAUGGAAAUGAUAUUUGGGCAAACAGUUGUGAGGAAUUAGAAGCAACUCCACUCUUUGCUUUUGAAGGGUUAAACAAAGACUUCAAGAGAAUGCUAGGUGAGGUUGCUGAGUUUAAGGCGCUAGCCCUAAAAGAUAUACGCACGGCAGCUGAUGGCACUAGGAAGAUGCUGUUCACAUUGGGAGAUGGUCAAGUUAUCGAAACAGUUGUGAUACCUUGUGAAAGGGGCAGAAACACUGUUUGUGUUUCUAGUCAAGUGGGAUGUGCUAUGAAUUGCCAGUUCUGCUACACAGGAAGGAUGGGACUGCGAAGGAAUUUAUCAACAGCUGAGAUAGUUGAGCAGGCUGUUUUGGCUCGUCGAUUGCUGUCAAGUGAAGUCGGUGCUAUUACCAAUGUGGUUUUUAUGGGAAUGGGGGAACCACUUCAUAACAUUGAAAAUGUGAUGAAGGCUGCAGAGAUAAUGGUGGACGAACAAGGACUCCAUUUCAGUCCUCGAAAGGUUACCGUCUCAACCAGUGGGCUGGUUCCUCAGCUGAAGCGGUUCCUUCGGGAAUCUAAAUGUGCUUUAGCAGUUAGCCUAAAUGCUACUACUGAUGAGAUCAGAAACUGGAUCAUGCCAAUCAAUCGCAAGUAUAAGUUGGAGUUACUUCUUGGAACACUUCGAGAUGAACUGCGUUCAAAGCGAAACUACAAAGUGUUAUUUGAAUAUGUAAUGCUUGCUGGUGUAAAUGACAGUGUUGAGGAUGCGGAGAGGUUAAUUAAUCUUGUCCAGGACAUUCCUUGUAAGAUCAACCUCAUCUCUUUCAACCCUCACAGUGGUUCACUCUUCAAACCAACGCCAGAGGAGAAGAUGAUCCGAUUUCGAAAUAUCCUCGCUGAAGCGGGAUGCAUUGUUUUCCUUCGAUGGAGCAGAGGUGAUGAUCAAAUGGCAGCAUGUGGUCAGCUUGGCAAACCAGGAGAGUUCCAGGCUCCCUUGUUGAGAGUGCCAGCCCAAUUUCAAGCUGCAUUGGAAGCAUCCGUGUGA